AGCAGGGUGGAACUGUCUGAGGCAGAGGGUGUGUCAAGUCAAGUCCCGUUUGCAUUCGCAAGAGGAGCAUAGGCUAAACCUUAUCCAAGAAGCGUCUGUUAGAGACAGAAGAACUGGCAUGAGCUGAAACUUUUGAAGCUGAUAAUACACGAACGGAUAUAUAUUACAAACUUUCAAAAGUCACUCAAACUUUUUCGUUGAAUAAAGAAGCCAUCACUCAACACAAACACCCCUUUCACAAUGCCAGGAGAACGAUUGACAGCGAGCGGUUCUGAUGUGGGCCGUUUCCAUGGCAAUGCCCUGACCAUAGUGGAGGCAAUCAACCAGGAGGAGGCAGAGUCUAAGGAGCAGGUGGGCUGUCUCCAGUGUUUUCAGAAGAUAUUCUGCUGCUCGCCACGCCAUAGCAGCUUGUAUGACGUCCCAGAUACAGUUGUCACGGACGAAGUGGUGAAACCGGACCCGCUUCCUGAGCCCCCUCAGCCCCAUGCUGGAGACAACAAGCUGGAAGAGUUGAUGUUGUCAGUGUACUCGGUGGAUCUACUGAGCUCUAAAACGGGUCAGAACCGCAUGGAGCAUCACACCGACCGUUACCAUGGCAACGAGCUCAUCAUCCGACGUGGCCAGACCUUCCAGAUAGAACUGGACCUGUCGCGACCUUUCAACUCCAACACAGACAAACUCCACCUGGACCUCAAGACAGGACCCCUCCCCAUGGUGUCAAAGAACACGCACGUCAUCAUUCAGUUGGUGGAAGAGUUGGAAGACGACCGCUGGGAGGCCAAGAUAGUGGAGCGGAACGGCAACAGGAUCAAGCUGUCCGUCAACUCGCAUGCCAAAGCUGUGAUUGGCCAGUACAAGCUCACCGUGACCGUGGAGUCUCCGAAGGGCGAGUCUGCAACCACACACGACACCAGGAAAGACAUCGUCAUGCUGUUCAACCCCUGGUGUGAAGAUGACACAGUGUACAUGGAUGAUGAGGAGGAGAAGAAGGAGUAUGUGCUGAAUGACACAGGAAGACUCUACUACGGCACAGAGAAACAGAUUGGAGGUCGCACGUGGAACUACGGACAAUUCCUUGAGGGGAUGCUGGAGGCCUGUCUCUAUGUGCUGGAGAAGAGUGAGAUCCCUCCGCCUGGUAGAGGGGACCCUGUCAACGUGGUCAGAGUCAUAUCUGCCAUGAUCAACUCCCAAGAUGACAACGGGGUCCUGGCAGGGAAUUGGUCAGGGAACUAUGUAGGAGGAGUUUCCCCUACAGCCUGGAAUGGCAGUGUGGAGAUCCUGAAGAAGUACCAAAAGGAGGGAGGCCUGCCUGUCAAAUACGGACAGUGCUGGGUCUUCUCUGGGGUCACCACCACAGUGCUCAGGUGCUUGGGUAUACCGUGCCGUAGUGUAACAAACUUCCAGUCGGCCCACGACACAGACGUCUCACUCACCACAGACAUGUAUUUUGAUGAGAAUAUGGAGCCGUUCGACGAACUCAACACUGACUCUGUUUGGAAUUUCCAUGUAUGGAACGACUGUUGGAUGGCCAGGCCAGACCUUCCUCCUGGUAACGGCGGCUGGCAGGCAUUAGACGCCACCCCCCAGGAGACCAGCCAGGGGACCUUCCGCUGUGGCCCUGCUUCUGUCACCGCCAUCCGCACAGGCCAGGUCUACCUCAAAUACGACACACCAUUCAUCUUUGCUGAGGUGAACAGUGAUAAGAUCUACUGGCAGAGGAACCUGGAUGGUAUCUUCACUCAGAUCCAAUGUGAAAAGAAGGCCGUGGGCCACUGCAUCAGCACCAAGGCUGUGGGCUCUGACGAACGUGAUGACAUCACACACCUGUACAAACACACCGAAGGAUCAGAGGAGGAGCGUAUCGCCGUGGAGACGGCCAGUCGUUAUGGCACCAAGCCUGACGUGUACUCUACAUCCAGAGCGGAGGACGUGAGCUUGGAGGUGAAGUUGGAGGGAGAGGGGCCUCGUAUGGGGGCUGACGCCCAGCUGACCAUCGUGAUGACCAAUUUGAGCUCCCAGACCCGCAAGACCACGCUACACAUCCAGGUGGCAGUCAUGUACUACACCGGGGUGCUGAAGGGCACCGUCAAGAAGGACAAGAUGCCUGUGGCGCUCAAGCCCAAUGAAGUGAAGACCAUGGAGUGGGUCCUGCCCUACCAUAGCUACCAGGACCAGCUGGUGGACCAGGCUGCUCUAAUGCUGACUCUGUCUGGACGGGUCAGUGAGACCCAACAGGUCCUGGCCACUCAGACCAGCUUCAGGCUACGCACACCCGACCUCAGGAUCGAGGCUAUAGGGGAGGCGGUGGUAGGUAAGAAGAUGACAGCCAAGAUCACGUUCACCAACCCUCUGCCACGUACACUGAGGGGUGUGGUGCUCAGGGUGGAGGGGCUGGGCCUGCAGGAGAUCAAAGAGGUGGUUGUGGGUGAUGUUGGGAGCCACUCUACGGUGUCUCGGACAGAACACUUCAUACCCACCCAGGCUGGACACAGGAAGCUGGUAGCAGCUCUGGACUGUAAACAGCUGACACAGGUGCACGGGGUUGCUGACAUCGUUGUCCAGGACCAAUGAGAGGGAGCCUUCAACUGCUCUCUCCUGUCCACUUAUCUGGUGUUUCAUUCAAGUCUCCUAAAAGAAAAUGGGAAGCCUUUUAUUCAGUUUUCCCUAUGAUUUGAGUAUAAUACAUAUUUUUUUCAUGCUGACAUGUAAUUAUGGAAAUACCCUGAUCUUUGGAUGAAGUUGUACACUAAAUUGUUUUACCAGUGUUAAUGUUUUUAAUACUCAUGCCAUGUUUUUCAAAUCAA